UGUCGUGGCCGAUCACAUGACCUUCUCCGUCAAAAAUUCAAUAACAGUAACAGACAAUUAGCCAUAUCUUGACCCGCAACAAUAGUUAUGGCUAAUAUUUGAAUUUUCAUAGUUGUAGCUAUAAUUCCCCGCUUCAUAAUAGUUGUGGCUAAUAUAUUGUAUUUACCCUAAUUUAAAGCAUAGAAAUUGAAGUUGUAUUUUUAAUAUUAUGGUACAAAUUAAAGUUGUACAUUUAAGUUAUGGUACAAUUUGCAGAAUUGAAGUUGUACCACAAGUCCACCACAUAAAUGUCAAAUUCCCUUAUGGUACAACUUUAACUUGUAUCUUUAACGGGUUAAUUGCAUGAUUGGCACUGAGAAUACAAAAAACGUUCAAGUUUGGUCACUCGAAAUAUUUAAAUAUAUCGGUGGUACUUCAGUUUACCGAAACUGUUCACGUUUGGUCACUCUCCGUCCAACUCCGUUAACUUUGACUGAUGUGGCAGUCAAUUCUCAAAGUUGACCGUUAAUAUAGUGACGUGGCAACUAAAAAAUUAUUAAAAAUAAAAAAAUAAUUUUUUAUAUUUUCCACCUCAUUAUUACAUUCAUUAAAAAUAAAAAUAGCAAAACAUCUAAUUUCUUUUCUACAAACCCCAUACCCUACCCGAUCCAACCUCCACCGCUGCCACGGAAUCCGACCACCGUAGCAACACUCCCCACCACCACCCGACUCCGACUCCUGCCCCAUCCCCAUCGCCGGCGCCUGCUUCCAUCCCUCCUCCCACUCUUCCGCCGUCGCCAUCCAACUCUCGCACAUUCCAACAAAUUCAACAAGCGAGAAGGGAGGUGUAAAUGGAAAGAAAAGGGGUUAGAGGAAUAAUAAGCCAAUAAGAACAACAUCAUUAUUUCGCGGAACUUCAAACUCUAAAGAUGGGGUACUGUCGUUCAAAUCUAAAGGAGAAGAGUGAUUGAUAUUGGCUAUUCUGGCUUUCCCCUGUUUUCUAGCUAGAUUUACUUGUGGGUAAUUUCAUUUUUUUGGUUACUGCCCAUUUCAAUUGAGAAGCUGGUGGGGUUGUGUUCUGGUGUUGGAUUGGUUACGGCCAUCGGUUUCUGCAGCUGGUUGGAGCAAAGGAAGCAUAACCCAUGUCCACAAACUAACACAGAGAGGGAAUGGGAAGGUCUCCUUGCUGCGAUGAGGAUGGGCUGAAGAAGGGUCAGUGGACUCCAGAAGAGGACAAGAAGCUGGUGGAUUACAUCCAGAAAAAUGGCCAUGGCAGCUUGAGAGCUCUCCCCAAGCUUGCCGGGCUGAAUAGGUGCGGGAGUUGGACGGCGGCGGCGGAGGAGUGGGAGGAGGGAUUGAAGCUGGCGUCGGGGACGGGGAUCGGGCAGGAGUCGGAGUCGGGUGGUGGUGAUGAGUGUUGCUACGGUGGUCGAAUUCUGUGGCGGCGAUGGAUGUUGGGUCGGGUAGGGUACGAGGGUUUGUAGAAAAUAAAUUAGAUUUUUUAUUAUUUUUUAAUGCAUGUAAUAAUGAGGUGGAAAAUAUAAAGUUUAUUUUUUUAUUUUUAAUAAAUUUUUAGUUGCCACGUCCACAUCAGUCAAAGUUAACGGAGUUGGACGGAGAGUGACCAAACGUGAACGGUUUCAGUAAACAGAAGUACCUCCAAUGGAUUUAAAUAUUUCGAGUGACCGAACUUGAAUAUUUUUUGUAAUUUCAGUAAUCAAUCAUACAAUUAACCCUACCUUUAACAUUAUAAUACAACUUAAAAUUUUACGUUAAAGCAUAGUAAAGCCGCUGCGUAAUUCUACCAAGUUACAAGCGCUAUCUAUGUAGCAAAACUCGCUUAAGAAGUGUCCCAAGUGGUACAAAUGAAGUCUUGUUGUCUCCAUUCUCCAAGAAGUCCUCACUUGGAUCUGAUUUGGGGUAUUUAUUGUUCUCAAAAGAAUGUCGUCCAUCUUUUGGAAACUGGCGGUGGGGGUGGCUAUUGUGGGUUGUUAAUCCAUGCAGAUCAACCCGCAAAUAAUUCAAAUCAUUCGAAUCGUAAUAGGUGGAUUGUUAAUUGAUAACUACUCACAUUAUUUGGAUUGUCAAAACGUUGUUUGUUUAUAUUAUUGAAUAGUCAUAAAAACUCUUAACUGCAUCAAAUACUAAUCAUCUGCUUCUAAAGAUGUGGAGAAUAAAGAAUAAUUUUGGACUACUAUUAUUGGUUACUAUGCAAUGAAUGUCCAUAAAAUAUCGAAAUGCAAAUUAUAAACUAUUAAUUGUAUCAAAGUUGCAAAGUGGGCAAGUUUUCUUUAUACCACCAUUUUGCUUCGUAGCAACAAGUUAUGUCUUUUGCGUAGAGUUGACACCACAACCAUGUUGGUUUCUCUCCCCGGCCCACUCGUUUCUGUAUAGACCUUGACGACAGUUGAAAAUUAUUGUUCUUCUUUUUUUCAUUCCUUGCUAAACUCAUGUAUAUUUAACACAAUUUUUGAGGUUUAAGAAUGGAAAGGUUACCUAUUUAUAAAAUAUGUGAGUAAUAGACCUUACGCGUGUUUUGUCCUGACUCGUUUUACCCGACUUGUUUGACCUGUUUUGGAGCUGGUACGACCCGCCCGUUAGGUGAGGUGGGGCGGGCAUGAGUACUCUCCCUCGACUCGACCUGCCCUGACCCGCCCCAUUCUCGACCCGUCUUUGCCUGAAUUACAUGUAAUUCUAUUCAAAUUACUUAUAAUUUUACUUUUAUUACAACAUAUUAAUCUCCAAUAAAGUUCUAAAUAUGCGAGAACCUACUUUUUUAAAAAUAAUUUAACUGCAUUUAUCAUAUUUUAAUUUGUUUCUUGGGGUUUUAAGUAAAAUGUAUAAAUAGAGGGCCUAGGUUAUGUUGUAAUGACACCCUAGGGUUUGGGAGAUAGGAUUCCAUCGUCGACUUUGUUAAUCAUGGUGACGUUUUCUUUCUAUGUUGCGUUAAACACCCAUUGUUGUUUAGUGAGUGGAUCCUAGUUGUGUCUAUACUUUAGAUUGAUAUUUAUCUAAAGAUAACAUGUAUUUGAUGCAGUUAAGAGUUUUUAUAACCUCAACAUUAUAGAUUUAAACACCCAUUGUUUAUAUCAUUUGAAUUGCUUAUGUUUGUAAUUUAUCUUUCUUACUUGCUUCUACAGAUAACAUGUACCUGAAAUAGUAAUUGAAGCUUGUUAUAGGUUUAACGAGACCAUGCGCCUAGGAUAAUCACGAGAUCAACAAGUCGAGAGAUUGUUUGAGUUCUUUAAUCCUACAUGCUACUUGUGAUAUAUGUGCUUUCACAAUUGCCUUAUGUAUAAUGAGAUCACACUCACAAUUCAGACUAAGAGCACUUCUACUAUGCUAUAUAGCAUUGGUGCUUUAAUGUACAACUCAAAGUUGUACCAUAAUAUUAAAUGUAAAGUUUAGGU